AUGGACAGCAAACGCGAAAAGCAAGCCGCGGCCCAAAACGCAGUCGACAUCCUGCACGAAAUCUCCACAAUCCUCAACUGCCAUCUCGAUCGCCGCACCCUGUCCAUCUGCAUAUCCAUGAUAGAGAACGGGGUCAGUCCCGAGGCUCUUGCUUCCGUCGUGAAGGAGCUCCGAAAGCAGGGCCAGGAAGCCACCGCUCAGAUUGCUCACGCUGGGAGUGCUGCUGCCAGUCGGCGGAGGUAG